GAAAAAUUAAAUAACAAAAAGAUUGUUAUUUACAAAUUGUUGGUUGAAACAAAAAACCAAAACAUUUUCUCUGAUUGGUUAAUUUCGUCUCUUAUCUAAUUACUUUCAACAGAAUUGAGCUGAAAUAAUUUGUCUUCCAUUUGGUUUCCAAAUAAAUUUCCAGUUUUCUAAAAAAGAAAUUCCAUAUUUUGGAGAUUCAUGGUUAAAUUGAAAUCAUUUAUCACCAAGUGAGAAACUAAUUUGUUACAACAUUGAGUGUUUCCAAAGUUAAUGAACAUAAAAUUGGAAAAAAAGGUAAAAAUUCCAAAAUAGAAAUGAUUCUCUUUCCAAUAUUUGAAUCAAUUUUUGAUAUCAAACAAGUUGGAUAAAUUCAUGCGCUGUUAACGAAAUUAUCUUAAAACACAAUUACCUGAGCACUUGUUACCUAUUCUGAUAUCCAAUAUCAUGAUCAAGUAAGUUAACAUUGUCAUCAUCAGACCUGAUUAGAGUCUAUAAGUUGCUGGAUAAGUUACACUUGAAGCAACUUUCAAAGUCUUUACAGACAACAAACAAUCGAGCAAACUCUACCUGAGAAAAGUUUUAAAUUUAUUUCUUUAUUUCUUUUCUCAGUUUUCAUGAUAAUGAUAACUUGUGACUUGAAAGAGUGAAAAUUGGUGAACAAAGUCGAACUGAAAAAAGAAAAAAGAAUCGAAAAAUUUAAUCCUUUUCUUCAUCUUUACCAUUGAAACUGUACACUUGAUAAACAAAACGUUAACAACUUUGAUCAAGACUCUGAGAGAAGAGAGAAGAGAGAAUAAACAAGUUCAACUGAAUGUCAUGAUAUUAAUGAUAACUUGAAAUUAUUGUCAUCCAAAGAAUUCGAUUCAAUUACUUUUCUCUCGCCAUCUUCAUCAUUAUUCUCCAUUCAGUGUUUCCCUGCAACUUUCAUUGAAAUGUUGCUUAAAAAUGGUUCUUUUCUUUUUCUCUCACUUCUUUUCCUCUGUGUUACAUGGAACUCAGUUUCCGGUUCUGAUAAUAUUGACUCACCAUUCAAUCAACAGAUUCUCGAUUCACAUGAAAUUAAAUCAAAUGAAAUUGGUAAACAUUACGCUACAUCAAGUUUAAGCUACUUUUUGGAUAAUCAAAGAUCAAUUAUUCCAUUAUCAACUUCACCAAAGUUCAAUAAGAAAAACAAUAUCUAUUCAAAUAAUGUUAAAGAAAAUAAUUUUUACGAUUUAUACGGAAUUAGAGAGUCUACUUAUUCACCUGAGAAUGGAAACAAUCUCAUUGAUUUACCUGGGAAAAGAAAAUUUAUUCAAUUGGAUCAACAUCUAAAUGACUGGAUCAGGAGAAGGUCUGCUUUCAAUGGAAUGAGAGGAAAAAAGGUAAACUUACCUUUACCUUCAUCACCAUAUACUUUAAGAAAUUCUUUUGGUAUUUAUCAUUGGAAUCGUACAAAUGAUAAUUUGAUUGUCAAACGAGCUCGACCUUUUGCUGCUAUGCUAGGUAAAAGGUAUGCACUUCGAAGAGGACGAGCACGAUUCUAUGCCAGUAGAGGAUAACAGGACAAGUUUACCUGUAAACAUGGAAAACGAAAAGUUGAAAAUGUCUAAAAAAUCCUUUUGUCUCUACACUUGAAGAAGAGAAAAUUAAACAAUUUUUUUUCUUUU